GUGAAAGUUCAUACAGACAGUUUACUUCGAGAAACAGUUUUGCGAAGUUUUUGAAAGUGUACUUGUAUUUUUUUUCUUAAACAGAGAAAAAUUACAUAGACAUCAUUGUUAACUUCUUAUGAUUUAAUUUAUUUAAAUCAACGUAUUAUAGUUAACUUUUCUUUAAUUUGAGAGUCAAAGAAUUAAUUAAUUUUUCUGAUUAAAGUAAAUAGAAAAAAAAGAAAAAAAAUAAUAUGCCGGCUGACGUAGCAAUGCAUACUAGUUUCCUGCAAUUCAAUCAAUCGAGUCUGAAAGAUUCAAAUGUGGAUUCUUGUUGGAAUACUGAAAAUAUGAGCGGUUAUAUGACCUUAGUGGGGCCAAACGGUCAUCGCCAAGGUGUACAAGUGAAGGUUUAUCGGACGAGUGUUGAGCAUUUCGCCGUAAUUUAUCCACAAAAAAAAGUGUGCAGACCUUUAGGCGUAUUAAAUUUGAGAAAUACAAUGAUCGAACGUUAUGGGGAAGAAGGUUUUUUAGUUAGGCAAAAAGGUUUCGAUUCGCCUAUUGCAUUAACUUUUCUUAUGGAGAAUAAAAAAGAACUUGAUUACUGGAUAAUGGCUUUUACUGUGAGAACGAGUCCAUUGAUGCAUCAGAGCAGUUUGCCAAUUGUUGAAGAAGAAGAGAUCUAAAAAUGUCUUUCAAAAGUUGUUAUAUUGAUUAAUCCUUUUUCAUAUGUUAGAAGAAAAGUUCAACAAAAAGAAGAGUAUCAAUCCUUAUACUCAAUUGCUGUGCUUCCUCGACCUAAUAUAUCCAAUUUCCGUGUAAUUUCAUCCUGUGUAAUUUGGGAAGAAUUUUAAUUCUUUUAUAUUAAAAGAGUCGCUCUAGAACUCUGAUUCUAGAAAUGUCCAAUUAUUGUUGAUAGAAAGUGGAUUUUAUUAAUUCUAGAAGUAUCUAGCUAUACAAUACGAAGAUAGGUCAUGAACCGACUUACUCCAAAUCUAUAUUGAAACAAAAAAAAUUGUAGCGCGAGGCCAUGUUGUCACUAGGCUCUAACAAUUGCAGCAUCAUUGAUCCUAGCCAGCUGCGACCAAUCAUAGCUUUCCUUUUAGCCGGCGUACUGCGAAAGAUGAAAGGAGAUAGGAUGAAUAUGAAGAAAAAUCAAUCUUUGCAAAACAAAAAAACAAGAAAGAUAAAGAUGAAAGAAAAAAAAUCAGAGGAAGUGAAAAAGGAGGAAUCGGUAAAGAAAAAGAAGGAAAGAUUCUCUUAUGAAUAUAAAAUUAUUUACGUGAUUUAAUUUGUACAUUGGUGUAAUUCCUUUUCUCUUUUUUAUGUGAAAAUAACCGUUAACUUUGACCUGACAACUACGAUUAUGUUUUACUGAUCACCGGUUAAGAAAAAAGUUUUAAAUGAUUUGUUCGAGUAAAAAAAAUAUAGCAGAAUAAGUUUUAAAUUAAAUUUUUCUAAAUAUUGAAUCUUUUAAAUGAAAUGAAAAAUAUAUAUAAUCAAUGAAUUGUCAUUAUUAUUUUUAUUUAAUCUUUUUUUUGUUCUUUUUUUUUAUUCUUUAUGAGAUUAUUUUUUAUUGUUUUAUUUUUUAUUCUUUAUAAAGAUUCAUUCAGGAAAUAUCACUACCAAACAUGUUACGAUGAUUUUAUUGAUUAUUAAUGUGAUUAAAAUUAAAAUAAUGUAUUUACAAGUUAUUGUCUAGCCACAAUACAAAAUGAAUUAUAUGAAUGACUGAUCGAGCUGCCAAUUAAUACAUAUCAGUUAAUAUUUUUAUUUAUUAUUAUCAUGAACAUCUAGAUAAAAUCGAAAUAAUUUGUUCGUUUUUUUUUCAAAUAUAUAUUUAUAUAUUAUUAUUGAUUCUCAAUUUCAAUUAAAAUGUUGAAAUGUUAUAAUUAAUAUAAUUUUAACAAUUAUAUUAAUUAACAAUUUUAAUAGCAGUUAAUUUUCUAAUUUAUAAAUAAUGUGAUAAUAUUUUACAUGAUUGCAUAAUGAAUGAUACUGUAUAUAUAAAUAAUACGAAUAUCUAAUAUGAUUAAUAAAUAACUAUUAGAUUAUAUCAGAAUAUAUAAAAUAAUAUGAGAAUUUGCGUGUUCAUUUUUAACUUAUUACAAUCAAAUCAAGAAUUAUCGACUUGUAAAUUAAAAUGCUGAAAUGAAUAUUGAUGAAAUGGUUACAAAUUUGAUUUUUUAAAUAUUUUUUUAAUAAUAUAUAUUUCUAUAUUUGUAUAAUUUAUUUGCAUCUUGAUAUACAGAGACAAAAAUAAAAAAAAUUGUUAAAAAAUUAUUUUAUAUUUUUCGUUGAAUUUAAUAAUAUUGUUUUCAUGCAUAUAAUUUAAAUUAUUAAUUUUCUAUUAGGAAUUCGAACUAAAUAUAUAAUAAAAAUUUACUUUUUCCGUAAUAUAUAAAAUCAUAUAUUGUCAAGAAAAUGUCAAAUAUAUUAUAUAUAAUAUAUAUAUAUAUAUACGUAAAGAAUUAUAAUCGUUGCUGCAAAAUGUCCAAAGAUUUACUUUUUCCGUAAUAUAUAAAAUCAUAUAUUGUCAAGAAAAUGUCAAAUAUAUUAUAUAUAAUAUAUAUAUAUAAUAUAUAUAUAUAUAUAUAUAUAUAUAUAUACGUAAAGAAUUAUAAUCGUUGCUGCAAAAUGUCCAAAGAUAUUUAUUAUUUUUUUUGUAUACAUUACUUUCAAAAAUAUCUAUAAGCCCAGAUAUAUGUUUCGUUCGAUAUGACAAAAAUCAUGAAGCAUUUUUGUAAUUGAUAUUAUCUUGAAUUAUUGAUGAUAUCAUUUCGUGAUAUUUUUAAGACUGUCUGUGAUAUUACGUAGACGAUGAAAUCAUAGUUACAAUAGGCUUCAAAACAGUAUGUAUAUUACGCUGUAGCAAUCCAUGCACAAUAAAAAUAAAAAAUUCUCGAAAAAUUUA